AGCAAGAUAUCCAAGUCCUCAAGUCCCAAAGCUCCGGGCGUCUGCGCUGCGCCAUGGCGAUGGCGCGCUCUCAAGUGUAGCAACGUCUCUCCCACCAGGGCUCCUUGCUCCACUGCUACACCGCAAGUCCGCAACGCAAUGCCCCCACCGCGGCCCCGCCUCCCCGUCUCAGCCCCACCUGCCCCCGCCCGCGCGCUCUACUCGUCCUCCUCCUCCGCUGCCGCGCGCGCCCACAACCCGCUCGACGGAAUGCCGCGCCGCGGCGCCGCGGACCGCCUCGCGCACCUCCCCCCCGCGCUCGCGGGCUUCGUCCGCGCGCGCGCCGCGGGUGCGGCGGCCUCCGUUCCCUGCAGGUUCUCCUACGGGAACUCCCUCGCAGCCUGCGCCGCCUCCGCCGCGCCGCUCGCCUUCGCCGAGCAGCUCUACUGCGCCGCCUGGAAGGACGGGGUCUCGCGGGACGCCUACGUCUGCAGCGCCGCGGUCGACCUUCUCGCGAAGCACGGCCGCCUGGAGGACGCGCUGCGGGCGUUCGAGGACGGGGACCGCAGCAGCGUGGUCUGCUGGAACGCGGCCAUCUCCGGGGCGGUGCGUAACGGUGAGCCCGCUCUCGGUGUAGAGAUGUUCAUUGAAAUGGUGAGGAGGUCCUCUUGUGGGCCGAACUCAUUCACGUAUUCCGGGGCUCUCAGCGCGUGCGCGGCGGGCGUAGAGUUGGGGGUUGGGAGGGCGGUGCAUGGCAUGGUGCUCCGUGGUGAUCCCGAGUAUGAUGUCUUUGUUGGGACAUCCAUCAUUAACAUGUACGUGAAAUGCGGUGAGAUGGGUGCUGCCAUGAAUGAGUUCUGGAGGAUGCCUAUCCGGAAUGUGGUUUCAUGGACAACUGCGAUCGCUGGUUUUGUGCAGUUGGAAGAGCCAACAAGUGCCAUGCUACUGCUCAGGGAAAUGGUGCAGAGUGGCGUGGUGAUUAACAAAUAUACUGCUACGAGCAUAUUGCUCGCCUGCUCUCAGAUGUCCAUGAUACGGGAGGCUAGCCAGGUGCAUGGCAUGAUUAUGAAGACUGAGCUGUACUUGGAUCAUGUUGUGAAGGAGGCUUUGAUUUCCACAUAUGCAAACAUUGGGGCUAUUCAGCUGUGUGAGAAGGUGUUUCAAGAAGUUGGCACAGUUAGCAACAGAAGCAUCUGGUCGGCUUUCAUAUCCGCGGUUAGCAGCCAUAGCCUACAAAGAUCAAUUCUGCUGUUAAGGAGGAUGCUAUGUCAGGGCCUGAGACCGAAUGACAAAUGCUAUGCUUCUGUUUUCAGUUUUGUCGAUGCAAUUGAGCUUGGCAAGCAGCUGCAUUCAUUGGUCAUAAAGGAUGGGUUUGUUCAGGCUGUUCUUGUGGGAACUGCACUUUCCACCAUGUACUCCAAAUGUAAUGAUUUGAAGGAUAGCUACAAGGUUUUUGAAGAGAUGCAGGAACGGGAUGAAGUGUCAUGGACAUCAAUGGUUGCUGGUUUUGCAACUCACGGUCAUUCGGUUGAGGCAUUCCAGGUGUUUAGGAAUAUGAUUGUUGAUGGUUUUACACCACAUGAUAUGUCCUUACGUGCCAUUCUUUCAGCCUGUAAUAUACCAGAGUGUUUGCUCAAAGGAAAGGAAGUUCAUGGACAUGUCCUUCGUGUCUAUGGAGGAACCACGUCCAUUAACCAUUGCCUUGUUUCUAUGUAUUCCAAAUGUCAAGAUGUACAAACAGCUCGAAGAAUUUUUGAUGCCACUCAAUCCAAAGACCAGGUCAUGUUAUCUUCAAUGAUAUCUGGAUACGCUGCAAAUAGUUUUAGUGAGGAGGCAAUCUCAUUGUUUCAGCUGAUGUUGACAUCUGGUUUUCAGAUAGAUAGAUUUGUAUGCUCAUCAAUUAUUAGCAUCUGUGCUGACAUGGCAAGACCAUUCUAUGGUAAACUAUUACAUGGGUAUGCAGCGAAAGUAGGCAUACUAUCUGACCUGUCUGUGAGCAGUGCACUUCUGAAGCUAUACUCGAAAAGUGGCAACCUGGAUGAGUCUCGUAAAGUUUUUGAUGAAAUAAGUGAUCCGGAUUUGGUUACUUGGACAGCUAUAAUUGAUGGAUAUGCUCAGCAUGGAAGCAGUCAGGAUGCUUUGAUGAUGUUUGAUUUGAUGAUUAGAUGUGGAGUAAAACCAGACCCUGUCGUACUUGUGAGUGUUUUGUCUGCUUGUGGCCGUAAUGGUUUGGUUGAAGAAGGCUUCAAAUAUUUUAAUUCAAUGAGAACUGUGUAUGGGGUUGAGCCAGUAUUGCAUCACUACUGCUGUAUUGUUGAUUUACUUGGUCGAUCUGGGAGGCUUGCAGAGGCAAAAAGUUUUAUUGAGAGUAUGCCUGUAAAACCUGACUUGAUGGUGUGGAGCACGCUGCUUGCUGCUUGCAGAGUUCAUGGUGAUGCUGUACUUGGACGUUUUGUAGAAAAUAAGAUCCAUGAAGAAAAUUAUGAUUCAGGGUGUUUUGCUACUCUAUCAAACAUUCGAGCAAAUUCGGGAGACUGGGAAGGAGUAAUGGAAAUAAGAAAAUCAGUCAAGGAUGUGAAGAAAGAACCUGGAUGGAGUAUGUUGUAAGAACAAAAAAUGCUUCAAGAGAUAUAUUGUAUUUAUGAACCUGGAUGGAAAUAAGAAAAUCAGUCAAAGAUGUUUUUUGUUCAACUUACGAGAGUGGUAUGUUGUAUUUAUGAAUUGUCUUCAGGAAAAUUAUUUGGAGGAUGCUUUGAAAAUGCAUAAUUUGCUGGAAGAGUUCAAUGAAAACCAUGGUGUCUGUCAACUCAUGAUUCUUGGAGUGCACGAGCACAUAUUUACCAGAAGUUGAGUUGAAGAUGGACUGCGGUUGAAGUUAAUGAUUUUACAUGAAGAGCCGUCUUGUGAACUGUUAAGCUUCUGCUGCUGCCGUCCCUGCAAACAAUGUUGGCUGUUGAAUUGAUUUGGUGAGCAAGAGGAGCUUUCCAAAGCAAAAUGGGAAGCUUGUAUGGACUGCAAAGCUGAUAGCAGCUCUGGCUCUGUCGUUGCCAUUGAUUGAGGACUCCAGGAGUGAGACAACACUCUUUGUGCCACAGAGCUAGGCUUUUUAAAUAUCCUGCAAAUAGCCCAGGCAUCCUGUUUGAUAAAGAAAACUAUGAGAACAACACGACACAUAGGAAGUGAGGGAUCAUUGAGUGAAGGCAUCCUGUACUCAUGCAUCAUCCAAUCUGUCUUGAUCCCUUUUGCUGCUCUCCCUUUAUAAAAGACAAGUGACUUCUUCAGGCCUAUGCACUUGGUUCCUUCGGAAGAGUAUAUGGGCCUAUCUGUUCCUGUUGCUUUCCAGAAUCCAGCUCCUGUGACUCUAUUUGGUCUAGCACUGUUCCGAUACUUCCUGUCCCUUGGGCAGUAAAAGUACAAUUCUUUCUCCCCGGAGCUUGCAAGCUCUGUGCAAGAGUAAUUCAACAAGAAUAUAUGGUUGCAGAAAGCAAAGGUGAAAAAUCAGACAUGAUGUAAGAUGGCAACCAUAGUAUUCUGAUGGGAACCUACUAAUCUACUAGGUAUCUAUACGUUUGAAGAUGAACAGCUUGGGUGUGUUAAUAAUAUCAAAGAAAAUGAGUGUGUACUAUGUUUUCCCAUUUUUGAUUGUUUUUGUUUAUGGUUGCCAUAUUCAGAACCCUUUCACUUGCAUGCUUACAAUAUUUGAUUUCUUUUUACUGGUGAUGCUGUAGAAGUCUUUAUUCAAGUUGAUUUGAUUUUUAUUGCA